AGCAGGGGACGGGGUGGGUUCCCUCGGCUGUCAGUCAGUAGGAGCUGCUCUGUUCGGGACGAGCUGGUCGCGAAAUAAGGACUGGCCCUGCGGAGAGCAGAGCACAGAGAGCCGGAGUGUCCAGCCCUGGCCCCGUACCCUGCCUGGAAGCAUCGUCUGCUCGGCAUCUUCCUCCCUCCAGCCCCAGUCCGGUUAAUCCCGCCUCAUCUCCCGCGAAGAACUGCCUUCUAACUUCGGCGCCGACGCAAGGUCUGCCUGCACGUCGUGGGCAGGAUGGGGGUUGCGGCAUCCCCUCUCUGCCCCGGGGGCAACCAGCCCCCUCCUCCUCUUCCUCCCACCGCCGAGCCCCGCGCUGGAGUCCCUUUGGCACAGCCUCUUCACCAUGUCCUGCCAGCGGCGGAGAGCCCUCAAGCGAGUGCCUGAGCGGGACCGGCCCCAGCACCGCGGGCAGAUCCCGGCUCCGGGCGGACCGGCCCCAGCACCGCGGGCAGAUCCCGGCUCCGGGCGGACCGGCCCCAGCACCGCGGACAGAUCCCACAGUGUCUCCGGGCUCCGCCGGCGGGAGGGAGCUCGGGAGCUCGGCGUCCGCUCCAGCCCCGCUCCCUGCCUUGCUGGCCCGGGUUCCUGCGUGCUGCUGGCAGCCCCCUGCGGUAGCGGCACUCGGCUCUGCCGAGAAAUCUCCCCGCACGCACUGCUACCCAGCUUGCUCACGGCGCCAGAAGAGGGCUUGUAUUUGGGCUCAGAAUCUGUCUUCUGUGGAUCGGGAUUUAAGAGCUCGGACGGUGCCUGGUUACAGUGGUGUAUGAGUCUACAGACCCCGAGGUGCACUACAGAGUUAAAAAGAAACCUUGGAUCUGUCACGGCGUGGAGGGCUGAAAUAAACCCUAUACAACCAGCAAACCAAAUCCAGGCCUUCCUGCCUCCCUGCAACCAACUUUACACACACACACCCAACCGUGAGAAUUCUCUCCUUUCCUCCUUCCUUCAGCGACUGUAGGAUGAGGCAUUUUCUUCUAUCUGGCUGAGGGUAAAAGCAUACCCUGGGGGCAGCAACACACAUCUGGCAGGGACUGAAAGGUUUUAAUCCAGCCUCCACUGCAAUCAACAAUGGCAAAUGAACCAGUGAUUCUGAAUGUUUAUGACAUGUACUGGAUAAAUGAAUACACCUCCACCUUGGGGAUUGGUGUCUUCCACUCUGGCAUUGAGAUCUACGGCAGAGAGUUUGCCUAUGGAGGGCAUCCCUACCCUUUCAGUGGGAUUUUCGAGAUCACACCUGGCAGUGCGGUAGAACUUGGCGAGACCUUUAAAUUCAAAGAAUCCAUUGCCUUGGGCACUACGGACUUCACAGAAGAGGACGUGGAUAAGAUUAUGGAAGAGCUGGGCAAGGAAUAUAAAGGAAAUGCAUACCACUUGAUGCACAAGAACUGUAAUCACUUUUCUUCUGCUCUGGCUGAGAUAUUAUGUGGGAAAGAGAUCCCCCGCUGGGUGAACCGCCUAGCCUACUUCAGCUCCUGCAUCCCCUUCCUCCAGAGCUGCCUCCCCAAGGAAUGGCUGACCCCAGCAGCCCUGCAGAGCCACAUCAGCCUUGGUCUCCACAAGGAGGAACAAGGGGACACAACAGAUGAGGAGUCUCCCUCCACCUCUGCAGCCCCCUCAGCCUCAGGCACAUCACGAACCUGUAGACAUACACGAGUCUAAACUGCCCAGUUUCCCCCCAAAUAACAUCCCUGCUCUCUUGUUCUAUUUAUUUCUCACACCCUUUCGCACACAUUGGUUUCUCUCUUCAACAGACAACACAGGGGAGGGAAGACCCCUUCUGCUUCAGUCCCUUUUCCAAGGACUGCCACUACAGUUGCUUGGCAAAAUGACUGUGAACCCCAAGACAGAACUGAGGAUUGUGAUGACUAAACUAUAUUCUCCUCUAGGGGUCUCCUUGAUCUACAGAGAACUGCUGACUCUCUCAGGCAUGAGAGCAUGUGUAUGGGCAGAGUGCACAUACUGUGAUGUUCCUUCUCUGGAACUGUUUUAUCUUUUUAUCUCUCCCUCUACCCAUUUAAGACCAGCAGUCUCUUCUCUAUUUUGGCUGGAUUUUCCCUUCCCCAAUGACAAAUCACCUGCCCACACCCAGUGAAGGAACCAGAGCCAGAACUCAACCUUCUCAUCUCUCAGACCAGCAACAAACUCCACUCAGAUCCAUCCCUUUUGUAAUUAUCAGGUUUCUAACUCAUGUGAAGGACAAAUGAAAGGUGCUCCUGUUCUACAAACCACCUGUUUUCAGUACUCAAAUUUAAGAGCUUAAAUGAUUGUCCUGCUCUUGAAAAUAAUAAGAACCUAGAAAAUGAA